AUGCCCACUUUGCGCGAACGUCCCAGCAGAGGCGAUAUCUCGCCCGCCAAGAAGAGCUCCGGAAACAGCUCCCAAUUCUCACCCAGCACAAGCAAAUCCGCCAGAUCCUCCCUCCGAGAGAGUGUUCCCAGGGACGCCAUCGAAGUCCGAGAAACGAUAGAAGCCAAGGGCGACCAGGAAGAAGACGUCGACAUGGCCUACGCCGACGCGCCGACGCGCCCAAGCAUCAAGGGAGGCCCCGAUGCCGACACCGAAAUGGUUGAUGCCGGAGCUGCCAGCAUUGACGCGAAACCAGAUGUCGAUGCAGAUGGCGACGUAGAUGCUGAUGGGGAGCCUGAUGCCGACGGCGAGCCAGACGAACAGGCGCAAGAAGACCAGGAAGAAUCAGACGAAGAGAAGGAUAUGCUCCAGCUCAUCAGAGAAACAUCCGAAUACUUGUGUGGUUACACAAUCAAGGUUGAUGGAGAAGACCACGAGAUUGCCUCGGGGUUUCAGCGCCUCGUCAACAAGCGCAGCCUCCCAGACUAUUUUGAAGUCAUCAAAGAGCCAAUGGCUUUUAGUACCAUAAGAGGCAAGCUUAACAAAAGAACCUAUACCUCGUUCAAAGAGUUCGUGCAUGACAUGACGCGCAUAUGCCACAAUGCGCAGGUGUACAACAGGCCCUCUGCUCCCAUCUUUUCCGAUGCUGGCCGUCUGCUGGAAGUGUUCAAGGAGAAGCUUGCAGAGCUGGUCAAGGACGGUGAUAUUACUGCAGAGGAAGCUGUGCUGCCGGACCUUGGACCACUGCCAGAGUUUGAAGAUUCCCCUCCCCCUGAAGACGACGAAGAGGAAGAGCAGGAUGAUGAGGAAGAGGAAGAAGAUGAGGAAGAAGAGGAUGACGAUUCGGACGACGAAGGCAGGCGGCGUCGCUCAAGAAGAGGUGGGCGUCGGGCGAGGAGAGGCGCAGACAACGACGAUGAUCCUCACAAAAAGCGUGGCAGACCGCCCAAGGUCUUGACGCCUCUGGAGGCGCGAACCCAGUCGCUUCUGAAGGGACUGCGGAGGUUCAAGAGCGACGAUGGCCAGCUGCGAAUUUUGUCGUUCGAGAGGCUUCCUGACAAGGCUGACAUGCCCGACUAUUAUGCCUCGAUUCGAAACCCCAUUGCGCUCGACACCAUCAAGAAGAAGCACAAGCGCAAAAAGUACACCACCAUCGACCAGGUCCUGCAGGAUCUAGAGUUGAUGUUUGGCAACGCUAUGCAGUUCAACGAGGAGGGGAGCCAGGUUCAUGAAGACGCUACCGAGUUGCUGAAGCAGGCGCGUCUUCUUACUGAAGAAGAGAAGGCCAAGCCUGACGAUGAGUUUCGUGAUGAGGAUGGAAAGCUACCACUAUCACAUAUCGAGCACAAAGGAGAGGUCUGGAGAGUUGGCGACUGGGUCCAUAUUCGUAAUGCGAAUGACUUGCAAAAACCAAUCGUUGCCCAGCUCUACCGGCUCUGGUCUGACGCUUCUGGUCAAAAGUGGGUGAAUGCGUGCUGGUACUACCGGCCGGAGCAGACAGUUCAUCGCUUUGACAAGCAUUUUUAUGAGAACGAGGUAGUCAAGACGGGGCAGUACCGUGACCACCCCAUUGAAGAUGUCGAGGAUCGCUGCUUCGUCAUGUUCAUCACGCGGUACCCCAGAGGUCGGCCGCGUGGGCUGCCUCGGGACAAGGCUGUGUAUCUGUGUGAGGCGCGCUACAACGAGGAAAAGUUCAAGUUUAACAAGAUCAAGACUUGGACCAGCUGUCUGCCAGACGAGGUGCGCGAUCGGGACUAUGAAAUGGACCUGUUUGAGCAGCCACGGGUGCUGAGAAAGGUUCCCAGUCCCAUCAAGCACCUCUUGCAAGCUGAUGCUAAAGAGACCGACGACCUUCCCAAGCCCACCUGGAGGAGCAUGAACGCGCCUCCCCUAAUUGGAGCCGUCCACCGCCGGCCGCGCGAGCCAAAUGAGUCGCCUCCCCCCGCUCCGAAUCCCUUGCUGCACACAGCGGUCGCACCUGUGCCGCUGGCCAUCGGACCUCCUCGUGUCGCCAUGAAGGUCGAACAUGGUGUCGUGGGAGCACCGCCCUAUCAGCACCAUGCUGCCGUCGCGCCUGCGCCCAUCCACUCGCCGGCUUCUCACUAUCGCAUGCAGCACUUUGUGCCACAACAGCCACCGCCCUCGGUCCCCAGUCCUCACCCGGCACCGCUCCAUCUCCAACCCCAGCCCCAGCAGCCGAUGCCAAUGCACGUGCCGCCCCAUCCUGGUAUGGGACAGCAAAUGCAGCCAAGCCCACACUACCCACCCCAUGGGUACCCACAACAGUACGGCCCGCAGCAGCCACCGGCUCAGCCGCCGCAACCACUUCAUUAUCAGCAACACCCUCCACCACCCAUUGCGCCCGCUUUCGAGCAACAUCAACAUCACCCCCAGCACCACCGCCAAGUUCAUCCCGCGCCCCCCGUCAUGACACCCUCUCGCCCACCCAUGGCUCCCGCCCCCAGCAUCGCACCUCUCGCGCACCCCAACGGCCCACCAGCCAAUGUGUACAAUCCGCCUAGGGCUCCCGAGGCGUAUACUCUCGCUGAGCACGCCGACGCGGCCAUCCCCAAGGAAGUCCGUGAGCAGUUUCAACGCGACGAGAAUGGUCGUGUCCUCUUUUUCACGGCCCCUCCGCUCAAACGCGCCAACAAUGGCGUCUCACAAGAAUAUGCCCACCUGGGUCACAGCGUGGAGCACUUGGCCAACAUCAAACAGAUCCGUGCAGAGCGCGCGCGUAAACGCAAGGAGCGGGACGAGGCUCUUGCCCGUGAGCAAGAGGCCAACAAGAAGCGAUCACCAAGCGAAGAGGCGUCCGCGCAGAAAUCGAUUGAGCAGGAGCAGCAAGCCCGAGCACAACUGAUGGAGAGGGUCAUUCUUGAUUGGUGUGCGGAGCUCAACAAGGGCACCGAAGCUCUCGAGAAGGAUCUUGGUGAAGGGUGGAAGGAGAUGAUGCAGCAGAGCCGGGAGGAGAACAAGGGCUUGACGGAAGAAGAGAUCAAACAAAAGAAUCUGCGGUGGUUUUACGAGGACCUCGAGAAGACAGGCAAGAUCACGUCAGAGAAGCGAAAGGAGAUGGAGAAGAUGUUUCUGAACAAGAAGCAUUUGGAGGCUUGA